GGUGCAGAAGGGAAAUCCUGUUUGAAACAGUAGACUCCUCAUUUAAUGUCUGUUUCACUGUUUCAGCUGCUGGACAGCAAAACAAUUUUUUUUUUUAAAAAAGGUCAAAAAAAAUUUUUUUACAGUGACAUCAUCAGUAAAGCUCAUUCCUUUAAAGUGAUGACAUCAUUUGACAUCAGCAGAUGGAUUAUGUCGCUUCCCAUUUUAAUCUUCAGAGGCAUCAUUUGACAUCAUUUGACAUCAUCAGCCUCCUGCAUUUCAUCCUCAAGUACGAGGCAUUUUCAGAGCAAAAGGAUUUUAGAGUUCGUGGGCAAAGACACGCAAGAGAAAGAGAAACAGGAAGGUUUCACAUCUUUGGAAAACAAGAACUGAGUUUGAGUCCACUUUUUGAGAUUUAUUGACCAGUUCAUUCAAAAUGUCACACGGCGAGGAAUUUCAGCAGAUGGCCGUUUCCAUUGAAGAAUUAAAUAACGUCACAGAGAACAUUCUGCAGCAAAAUGACACUUUGAGCAAACAUCUGGAGAACAUUUGCGAGAGUUUGCGGAAAAGGAAAGAUUUGGACGCUUCAUGCAAAGAAUUGAAAAAGACACGGAAAGCUGCUAUCGAGGAAAACAGAAAACUGGUGAAGCAGCUGGAGAGUCUAAGAGUGGACGUGGAAAAGCAGAUCCACGUGGAAAAUGUGUGUGAAAAAGAGAGGAAAAGAAGAUCUCAGGCCUUGGAAAGUAACCAAGACCUGAAAACAUUAAUAGCCUCUCUUCAGACCAGACUUCAGCAGCUGCAAGAAAUGGAUCAAGAAAUUUCUGGCGUGAAAGCUGAACGUAAACUUUUGGAACGGGAGAAGAGAGAUCUGCAAUCCCAACUGAAGAAACUCCAGAAGAAGACUGACCACAAAGCACACUUGGAACUGGAUUUGAGAAAUGAAUUUGAUGAAUUCCAGGCUUUAAAACAACAAACUGAAGAACUGAGGCAAAACCUUCAGGAGUUGCAAGAACGAAAUGAGGAACAAAAGACGAUGGCAGACAACUAUCCUAGCAUGAUAGAAGAUAGGCGACGUCUCACAGAUCUGAGGGCUCAACUGGAAAGAGAGAUUUCUGAUCAGAGACAGCAGCAGGAGGAAACACAUGCACUGGCAGAUAAACUGCAACACCGUGAAGCGUUGGAGUCUGAAUAUAAGGAGAUGCAAGCACAAACUAAUGACUUGGUGACAACAUUCUUCACCCUUAACAUAGAAGUUGCCGAGCUGCAGAACCAGGUUUCAAACAUGGAUGAGGUGCAGGAAAAGCUAAAUGUUGAAAAGGAGGAAAAUUUAAAAGCAAAGAAUGAGGUUUCAGAACUAAAACAGCAGCAAAAGGAACUCUGUGAACUGGCUGUGCAAUACAAUCAGGCACUGGAUGAACUAGGAUCUCUUCGAGUGAAAACAAAGAACCUCAAAGAUGAAAAAACCAUGCUGACUGACCUUCUGAAACACCGUCAAACAUUGGAGACUGAAUACAAUGAGAUAAAAGCAGAAAUUCGAGAGGCGGAAGCUUACAACUGUCAAGCUCUCGAGGAGGUAGAUUUUCUGAAGGGGAAGCUGUCAGAGUUAGAAGAUGUGGAGAAAAGAAUUUUAAAAGCAAAGGAGGAAAAAUUAAGGGCAGAAGAAAAAUACGACCUUCUCUAUAAGGAACUCCAAGGCAUUCAAGUUCAGAUCAUGGCUCAUAAAGGGAGCACUGCUGCUCUAGAGAAAGAAAUCCAAGAUCUCCAGAGGAAAGACCAGGAACUAAAAGAGCUCAGAGCUGAAUUCAACAGAUUUUCUGAAGAAAAGUCCCAACUUGAAGACAAAAAGAAGCAGCUUCAGGAUGAAGUUUCAGAACUAAAACAGCAGCAAAAGGAACUUUGUGAACUGGCUGUGCAAUACAACCAGGCACUGGAUGAACUACGACCUCUUCGAGUGAAAAAAAAGAACCUCAAAGAUGAAAAAACCACGCUGACUGACCUUCUGAAACACCGUCAAACAUUGGAGACUGAAUACAAUGAGAUAAAAGCAGAAACUCGAGAGGCGGAAGCUUACAACUGUCAAGCUCUCGAGGAGGUGGAUUUUCUGAAGGGGAAGCUGUCAGAGUUAGAAGAUGUGGAGAAAAGAAUUUUAAAAGCAAAGGAGGAAAAAUUGAGGGCAGAAGAAAAAUACGACCUUCUCUAUAAGGGACUCCAAGACAUUCAAGUUCAGAUCAUGGCUCAUAAAGGGAGCACUGCUGCUCUAGAGAAAGAAAUCCAAGAUCUCCAGAGGAAAGACCAGGAACUAAAAGAGCUCAGAGCUGAAUUCAACAGAUUUUCUGAAGAAAAGUCCCAACUUGAAGACAAAAAGAAGCAGCUUCAGGAUGAAGUAUCAGAACUAAAACAGCAGCAAAAGGAACUUUGUGAACUGGCUGUGCAAUACAACCAGGCACUGGAUGAACUACGACCUCUUCGAGUGAAAACAAAGAACCUCAAAGAUGAAAAAACCACGCUGACUGACCUUCUGAAACACCGUCAAACAUUGGAGACUGAAUACAAUGAGAUAAAAGCAGAAACUCGAGAGGCGGAAGCUUACAACUGUCAAGCUCUCGAGGAGGUGGAUUUUCUGAAGGGGAAGCUGUCAGAGUUAGAAGAUGUGGAGAAAAGAAUUUUAAAAGCAAAGGAGGAAAAAUUGAGGGCAGAAGAAAAAUACGACCUUCUCUAUAAGGGACUCCAAGACAUUCAAGUUCAGAUCAUGGCUCAUAAAGGGAGCACUGCUGCUCUAGAGAAAGAAAUCCAAGAUCUCCAGAGGAAAGACCAGGAACUAAAAGAGCUCAGAGCUGAAUUCAACAGAUUUUCUGAAGAAAAGUCCCAACUUGAAGACAAAAAGAAGCAGCUUCAGGAUGAAGUUUCAGAACUAAAACAGCAGCAAAAGGAACUUUGUGAACUGGCUGUGCAAUACAAUCAGGCACUGAGCAAACUGGGACCUCUUCGAGAAGAAACAAAGAACCUCAAAGAUGAAAAAAGCAUGCUGACUGACCUUCUGAAACACCGUCAAACAUUGGAGACUGAACACCAUGAGAUAACAGCAGCAACAGACGUUGUGGAGGAUGAAAUCUUUGGCCUUCAAACUGAGGUUUCUGGUCUGCGGAACAAGGUUUUUAAUUUGGAUGAUGUGGAGGAAAAUGUUUCAAAAGCAAAGGAGGAACACCACUGAAGACCUGCUGGUUCAGGAAGAGAAGGACUUAGAACUCCAAACAGCACCAAAACAAAGCUCUGUGAAGGAGGAGGAUCUGACCAGGGU